AUAAAAUAAUUUACAUUUUAUAUUUAUUUUAUUAAUAAAAUAAUUAAUAAAUGAAUUUUUUACAUUUAUUUUAUUAAAAAGAAUUUAUAAUUUUUACGUAAAUGUAAGGUUAGUUUUAAAAGUUAUUUAUGUUCUAGAUUGUAAAAUUUUCUAUUUUUUUAAAAUGAACUGGAAGAUCAGGUUAGGCCGUUCUUUACUUCUAUAUAUUGAAUGGAUAUGGGAUCUCAUCUUAGUCUUAGGCCGUUCUAGGAAAAGCUCGUGUUAACCCUAUCGAUUUUUUAUAUUUUAGUCAAGGAGGCGAACUUUCGGAUCUGGGCAAAGAUUAUUAUUAGUGAAUACACAAGUGAACAUGAUUUGUCAAUUAAAUAAAUACUAAUAUAAUACAUGUUUACGGUAAAAUACUAUUACUAAUUCAUGACAUGUGAUGUAUUGUAUAGAUUCCAAGUUUUGGAGACUGUAACUAUUUUUUAAUUUAAGGGAUUCAGUCAAAAAACUAUUGUUGAUAAUUAAAAACUAGUACUCUCUCAUUGGCCAUUUCUUAAUUUACUAAUUAUACAAAUACAGCUCGAUGGUUGGCAUAAAUCGAAGACCAAGACUUUUUUGUAUACAUUAAACAAACGUAGAGUCACGUUCGGGCUUCGUUGAUAGUCACAACUCAAAAUGACACAUUGGAAUACUCAUACUCUUAUUUAUAAAUAAAAACCUUCUUUUUUUGAAUUAUACAGAGGUAUCCUGGCCCCACCGAAGUGAUCCAGACUAGUCACGUGUUAUCACGUGUCGGUCUUCUGUCUCUGGCGAUGCCAAAAUGUUAAUUCCCCAGUGGCCGGGAUUCGAACCUUGGUGGCGGUACUCACAGCUGUAAGCCCUUUACCACUAGAGCUAGAAGCCCCGGUUAUAAAUACAAACCUUCGUCCACUUUGCAUCACGAAUAAGACUUGUAAUCACACUAGAUAAUAUAAAACUCAUUUUUGAAUCUUCUCCUACUCAAUAACCACGCUAGAUAUUAGAUAUAACACUAUCUGAACCAUCUCGUACUCCAACUAAAGUCAACAUGUAUCACAUAUUAAAGAUCUUCGGCUAUGUUUUCAAGUCUUUGGGUUUGAAGAUGAAGAUUCUGAUAACAUUCAUCUUUAGUAGCUUACUCAUUGGUUCUGUAAUCUUACUAUCAUUCUCUAACAACUUCAACGACCAACUUCUUGAUGCUACACUCAACGGUUCAAGUGAAUCAGAAACAUCCCAUGAUAAGUUGAUAGGUGGGCUGCUAAAAGCAGGUUUCGAUGAAGGUUCUUGCGUGAGUAGGUAUACUAAGUCGUUGUUGUAUCGCAAGCCUUCACCAUACAAGCCUUCUCCAUAUCUUGUCUCUAAGCUUAGAAGAUACGAGAUGCUCCACAAGCGUUGCGGUCCAGGCACAGAAGCCUACAAGAAAGCAACAGAGCAGCUUGAUGAGAACCAAGUAAGAAGCUCUGAUAAAGAAUGCCGAUAUGUAGUGUGGGUGGCCACCGAGUAUGGGCUAGGAAACAGAAUAAUAUCUCUGGUCUCUUCGUUCCUCUACGCUCUCCUGACAGAGAGAAUCAUUCUUGUUGAUCAAAGAAAGGAUAUAAAUGAUCUCUUCUGUGAGCCUUUUCCGGAUACUUCAUGGUUGCUUCCUCUAGACUUUCCAUUGAUGGGUCAGAUAGAUAGCUACUACAAGGACUACUCUCGUUGUUACGGUACAAUGUUGAAGAAUCAUGCCAUUAACUCGACUACAAUACCACCGUCCCAUCUUUAUCUUCAUCUUCUUCAUGAUUACAGGGAUGUGGAUAAGAUGUUCUACUGCGAAGCAAACCAAGCUUUCAUCAAGAACGUCCCAUGGCUAGUAGUGAAAUCUAAUCUCUACUUCGCUCCAUCUCUAUGGUUGAUACCUAGCUUUCAGACCAAACUCAUCAAGCUGUUCCCACAGAAAGAUACUGUCUUCCAUCACUUGAGUCGUUAUCUUUUCCACCCGACAAACCAAGUGUGGGACAUGGUCACAAGUACCUACAACGAUCACUUAUCAAAAGCUGAGGAGGUGCUAGGGCUUCAAAUAAGAGUGUUCAGCACGCCAUCUGGUUAUUUCCAGCACGUGAUGGAUCAGAUCGUGUCAUGCGCACAAAGAGAGAAGCUCUUGCCUGAAGUAGCUACAAAUGGAUCAUCACAAGUCAUCAACACAACAAGAAGCAAGAAACUUAAAGCUGUUCUUGUCGCAUCUCUACAUCCAGAGUACUCUGAUGAGCUAAGGAAAAUGUUUUUAGAACGACCUAGCUCAACAGGAGAGAUCAUCCAAGUGUAUCAACCAAGUGGUGAAAGGGUUCAACAAACAGACGAGAAGCUUCACGACCAAAAGGCUCUCGCGGAUAUCUAUCUGUUGAGUUUGACUGAUAACAUUGUAACAACCGAGAGGUCUACGUUUGGAUACGUAGCUCAUGGUCUUGGAGGAUUAAAGCCAUGGAUACUCUACGAGCCAAAGAACCAAAAAGUUCCUGAGCCACCCUGUGUUAGGGCCUUGUCGAUGGAGCCUUGUUUUAUUAGAGCUCCUCUCCAUGGUUGUCAAGCCAAGACAAUCAAAACCACACAUUUUAUAAGGCCUUGUGAGAAUUGGAACCUAGGGAUUAAGCUAGUUGAUGCCCCAGAUAAAUUUUGGUGGUGGUAACCUUAUUCAUCUUAUUCUAGGCUCAUCAAUUAUUAUUGCCUAAGAAUUAUUCUCUAUGUAUCAGUUAUCUUUGUUGAUGUAGUCACAUUUUGUAAGUUUUUUUCCUUUUAUGACAAAACAUGACAGGCCAACUGUUACAUUUAA